CUCCCUCCCUCCCUCUCCGUAUCCCUUCUUCUCUCUCCAUCUCUUCAAACUUUGGAGACUUUUGCGCGGCAGCGAGACGCACUUUGGAUUGUGGUUGUCGAAACUUUUGAGCGCAGGAAAAGCCUGAGAGGAAGAAGAGAGAAGUGGUGUGAGGCUUUGCGGAGAGGGACGAUGAUCCUGAAGGGGGACCAGCUGCCGCUCCAGUGAGAACAUGGAGUCGAGUACAGGAGGAGGAGGAGGAGGAGGAGGAGGAGGAGGAAGGUGGAGGCUCCGUCACGUCUUCCCAGUCGUCCUGCUGGUGUCGACUCUGCAGGGACACGCUCUGGGCUGCAGCGCCACGAACUGUAACACGGUGCUGACGGAGGCCCAGGGGGAUUUCACGUCGCCCUGCUACCCUCAGAAAUACCCCAAUUCACAGACCUGUAAGUGGACAAUGCAGGCGCCCACCGGCUUCAUCAUCCAGCUGUCCUUCCUUGACUUUGACCUGGAGGAGGCGCCGGGCUGCAUCUACGACUGGGUUGUGGUGAACACGGGACACACUGACGUUAAGUUCUGCGGCCUAACGGCCAACGGACUGACACUGAACUCGACGGGGAACGUGAUGGAGCUGUCCUUUACCUCCGACUUCAGCGUGCAGAAGAGGGGGUUCAGUGUUAGCUUCAGACACGUUGCUGUGGCCCUGAGGAACCAGAAGGUCAGCAUAUCCAGCGGCAACGGUCAAGUCACGCAGGUCUCCGCCUCCGUUUCCAUCCCGACGCUCAGUCAGCUGACGCUUUGCUUCGAGUUGGAGCGCAGCAGCCACAAACAGAAAGAGUGGAUCUUCACCUACUCCGACACUAACAGCAACGUGGUGUUGAGUUUGUUCUCCGAGCAGAACACCAUGAAUAUGAUCAUCGAUGGCGUCGUCUGCCCAGUCAACUCCAUCAUCUCCUCCGCUGACUUCACGUCCACCAUGAAGCCGUUCUGCAUCGUCUGGACGUCGUCAAACGGCCGGGUGGCGUUUUACUUCAGCGGAAACUACUGGGCCAAGGCCUGCUCGUCCGUCAGCGGGCGGUCUGUGCCAGCCGGCGGACUCUUUCGGUUAGGAGGGCAGCACAGCUUCGACGGAAACAUCUACAACCUGCGGCUGUGGGACUACGCCAUGACGGUGCAGCAGCUCAGCGCGCUAAGCUGCGACGCCGUGGGGAAUGUGGUCGACUGGGACAACAGCCACUGGACCAUCCCGUCCACUCUGGCCCAGACAGACGCCACGCUGAGCUGCAUCUGCUACCCUCACUGCAUUCACUUAACUACUGCUGCGCCAACUAGUGGUGUGUCCCCUCCCAGCAACACCUCCCUCACCACCAGCUGUGACUCCCCUGGACUGGGCUGCCCAGCCACUUCAUCCACUGACUCCACUAACUCCAUCCAUGCUACUAAUGCCAACACCAACGUUCUCCCUUCCAUCACUCCAUCUCCAUCCACCACCCCCACCACUAGCAUGCCACUAACCCCAACCAUCAGCACCACCACCACUACCAGCACAACCAGCUCUUCCAUUUCUGUCAUGCCUGCCACUACCAUCGCCAUCAUCACCAGCGCUGCUACCCCUGCAUCUCCUUCCACUAACGCUGCCUCAGCCAGCAGUACAGCACAUGCUCAACAGACAACCAGCAGCACAUCAGCUGUUUCAUCUGCUACCACUAACCACCCAGCUACUAACCCGACAACACAUGCUCCCGGACUGACUCCUCCACUGCUGUUAGUAUCUACUAACCAACCAACCACUAACACAGCUGCAACCAGCACUUCCUCUCGCGAGGGGUUUUUCUACCGGGUUUCUUUCGUGGUGGAGGACGGCGGCGCGGCGCUGACCCGGCCUGACGUUGAGCGAGCUGUGGCUCUCUGGCUCAAUCAGACAUUUCAGAACUGGACCCACGCAGUCUACGUAGACUCCAUCAGUGUCCAGCCUGGUUUACAGAGUGGAGGAAACCCGACGAGUUACACCUGCCAGGCCCUGCUGGUUCAUUAUUACGUGACCAAUCAGAGUCUGGGUGAGGCUGCGGUGUCUGCCAGGCUGUCCAGCAGGGAGGGACUGAUGGGCGCCGGCCUGCAGAUCCAACCCGCCUCCACUGAAGUCCGACUGAUCGAAAACUGUCCGGAGGAGAACCCGCUGCACUACCGCUGGCCUGAGAGCCGACCCACCAUCACUCAGUACCUGCCCUGCUUCCCCAACAAGGACCAGAGCACCUCCAGGACCUGUUUGAUCAGCCCACAGAACUUCUCGUCCUACUGGUCGGCUGCGGACCUCAGUAACUGCACGGACAUAGACACCAUCCAGGUGUCUGCAGAAAACGCAGCCGAGGUGGCCGUGCAGCUCGCCGUCAUCAGCAACAACGAGCUGUCCAAUGAGGAGGUGUCCAAAGUGGUGACGAAGGUGAAGCAGCUGGUGAACGUGGCGAAGAUCAACAGCACUUUAGCCUCCACCGUCGUCAACAUCAUCUCCAACGUCAUGACCAGCUCAGAGACGGCGCUGGCUGCCACCUCCGAGAAAGCUCUGAAGACGGUCGACGAGUUGGUUCAGAAGAUCGAGUUUGAGGGUUCGUCCAUCAACAUCACCUCCAAACACCUGGCUUUGGGGAUAUCGGCCUUCAACACCUCCGUGUUCAACGGGACGUCCUUCAGCGCCUACAUGGAUCCAAACAGCACCGACCCGCAGAUUGAUUUUGAAUCAGAGAGGAUAAACUCUUUAGCUCAGGUCACCCUUCCUGCCUCUCUGCUGUCCGGCGUCUCCCUGAGCGAAGCCGACAGGUCGUCUCUCUCCAGGAUCAACUUCAUGUUCUUCAGCAGCACAAACCUGUUCCAGAAAGAGCAGGACGGCCGCUCUCUGAACAGCUACGUGGUGGCCAGCAGCGUGGGGAACUUCUCCAUCAGUAACCUGGUGGACCCGGUGCACAUUGAGAUCGCUCACCUGUCUGAACAGCUCUCCGUCAAUCCAGUCUGUAUGUUCUGGGACUUCAGCAUGAACAGUGGUGCUGGAGGCUGGAACGGGGAGGGCUGCAGAGUGUCCCAAGACUCCACCAGCAACAAAACCAUCUGUCUGUGUUACCACCUGACGCACUUUGGCGUCCUCAUGGACAUUUCUGGAGCUUCACCUCACAUCGACCCGAAGAACAACAAGAUUCUGACCUUCAUCACGUACAUCGGCUGCGGCAUCUCCGCCAUCUUCUCGGCUGCCACGCUGCUCACCUACAUCGCCUUCGAAAAACUGCGGCGGGACUACCCCUCCAAGAUCCUGAUGAACCUCAGCACUUCUUUGUUGUUCCUGAACAUGGUCUUCCUGUUAGAUGGCUGGCUGGCGAGUCUGAAAACCGACUGGCUGUGCCUGUCCGUGGCCGUCUUCCUGCACUACUUCCUGCUGACCUCCUUCACCUGGAUGGGGUUGGAGUCCAUCCACAUGUACAUCGCUCUGGUCAAAGUCUUCAACACGUACAUUCGCCGAUACAUCCUCAAGUUCUGCAUCGUCGGAUGGGGGUUUCCUGCCGUGCUGGUGGGGAUUGUUGUUGCUGUGGAUAAAAACUCUUACGGCCUGCAGGAGUACGGCAAAGGAGUGUCAGGAGAGGGGUCCUCGGAGUUCUGCUGGAUCCAGAAUUCGGUCGUCUUCUACACCACCUGCGUCGGUUACUUCUGCCUGGUGUUUCUGCUCAACGUCGCCAUGUUCGUUGUGGUGAUGCUGCAGAUCUGUGGCCGCAACGGCAAACGCAGCAACCGCACGCUGCGAGAGGAGGUUCUGCGAAACCUGCGCAGUGUCAUCAGCCUCACCUUCCUGCUGGGGAUGACGUGGGGCUUCGCUCUGUUCGCCUGGGGACCCGUUAACCUGGCCUUCAUGUACCUCUUCUCCAUCUUCAACUCGCUGCAAGGUCUGUUCAUAUUUAUCUUUCACUGCGCCUUGAAAGAAAACGUGCAGAAGCAGUGGAGGAGAUACCUCUGCUGUGGACGAUUCAGGCUGUCUGACAACUCAGACUGGAGUAAGACGGCCACCAACAACACGAAGAAGGUGAGCUCAGACAACCUGGGCAAGUCUUUGUCCUCCAGCUCAUUUGGUUCCAGCACCGCCAACUGGACCUCCAAAGCUAAAGCUACUCUGAACCCGUUCACCAAGCGACACAGCAACUCAGACAAAUGUUUCUCCAACCAGACCAGCUCCAAGUGUGUUUCCUCGUCCCCUUCCUCCUCAGAGGUUCAGCCCAACUCCUCCUCCUCAUCCUCCAUCCUCCCUGUCAGCCAGAUGAUUGACAAGGUGAAAGAUUACUGCUCCACGCGCUCCGACAACUUCUACAAGAACAUCAUCAUGUCCGACAGCUUCGCCCACAGCACCAGGUUCUAGAAGUUUCCUUUGUGUUCUUGGGCAGACCUUUUGGAGCCUCCCACCAUAUGGAACUGCCCAAAUUAUUUUAGAAAAUUGAGUGACAUUAUCCUCCCAGCAGCUUCAGGGGCAGAGGAGGAUUAGAAUAAAAGAGCAGUGGAACCCACCUCACCGUUCUGGACCUGCUCACAAAAUUAUUUAAGGUUUCUCCUUCUGGAACUGCCACUCUAGUGUUCCCAAACCUUUCCUUUUCUGAAGCUACUCUCGACUAUCCAAAACUCCCUGAUAGCAUAGGAGAGAUUUCAAAUAUCGAGGGCCAUUUCCAAAAUCUGUCCAACGGUCUACAUGUUUUGGAACUGUUCCUAACAUUCUAGACCUCUCCCUCAGUUCAGAACCAGUUCUAGUCCAGCUUUUGCCACAGAGGAGGGUUCUAGAGGAGCCCCCUCCAGGCUCCUGAUGAUCCCUGACCAACUUUGUAGAACCUUUCCAACACAGCUGCAGAACGUGUUCCAGAGUGCUCAUUUUUCUCUUGCUGCCGUUUCUGUCCUGUCAUCCAGAAGGCCCAGAUCCUCCCUGGUGUCCUCCGUUUUGCCCUGGAGCUUUGAAUCCAAAUCCCCUGCUUAAUUUUGAUGUGUUUAAGUGUGUUUUGUCAUGUGCGUUGGCAGUCAUUGCUGUUCCAGUAGCCCCAGUUUUAACUGUAUUUUUCAUUGGUUUGAUUAGCAGAAAAUGCAGCAUAAACACCAUGUUAAAAAAAGCAAGAGCAGAACUGGAGCCACCAUCUUAAUUAAAGCUCUGUCUCUGCUUCAUAUGAAAGUGCCUGCUAAAUCAAGAAAACUCUGCCUGUGAAGCCAAGAGACCAAGUUAAGAGAAUGGACCCGGUCGCACAUGAUGCUUUUUAAUCCUGGCGUCUCCUGGAGGGUCUGACGGUGUGGUCUCUGAACGCUGAUGCGAUUCUACUGUAUGAAAUCAAAAUUACAGAAUCGACUGGGCUGAUUGCCAGACUGUGGAGCUAAAAGGGAAUGAAAGGGAGCAGUGAAGGGACGAAAGGAUAAACACAAGGUGGGAAGGAAAAGAAAAGUUCUGGUGGAAAAAAAGUAGGCUAUUAUGUCUUGGUGUUUUUUUAAUACUGUGAUGUUUGUUUAAACUGGCUGUGUGUGUGGAGCCAUAUCCUAUGUAAAUAUUGAUGAUCUAUCUAUUCUGUGUGCCUUAUUCUAUAGUGUUAUAAUGUGUCCAGGUGGUUGCUUUUAUUCAUGCCUUCACGGGGUCCUGGAAGGGUCAUGGGGACAGUACAUACAGGUCCAAACACACCCCAACCACCCAUGCUGUGUAGGCACGCAGUCAGCUGGCCUUUUCACCCCGUCGAAAAACCAUUUGCGGUGAAAGGACGUGCAGAAAUCUUUGGGUGGUUGAAACAGUUCGUUUUUCACCUGAAAGCUACAGUUGAUCAAGAUGCUUUUUGGUGAUACUCAAAAAUUAGGCUUUCUUUGAACAUAUUUACAUUCACAUUAUAAUGUAUGUUAUCAUGAAAAACAAAGCUGGUAUCCGUAACGGUAGAAGUGAAUUUAUAUUGGAUAUAUCUCAACUUUGAAAAUGCCUGUAAGCUUUUAUUCAACAUAAAUGUUCUCAGCGAGCAUGUAUUGUCAUCUGAAAAAAAAGAUUUUGAUGUUGGUAAUAUUUGAUGUAUCGAGGCUCCCCUUCCUCUGUGGUCAGUCAAACCGUGAGUCGUUGGGUUGGUGGUUUGAGGAUAAAUCAUAAAAACGGAGCUGAUGCCAGUGGCCACUCGUGCUGCACUGCCUGUGAGCGUCAGCCAAAGUUUAGCAGUCAUACAGGGUGAGAUUUAUGACAUUAAAGUCCAAGUGAACAAUCUUGUGUUCAAAUUAUAUCUAUUUAUAUUCAGCGGUUGCCAACAAUUUUGUUUUCAUGAUAGUGAAAAGAAGUCAUGGCAUGAAGAAAUGCUCUUAGUUUGCAGCUGCCAGGAGGAUAUUAUCUUCACCUUAACGAUCAGUU